AUGAAUACUGAUCAUAUGAAAGUUCUUAAUGAAAAUGAUAAAGAUUGUACAAAUGAAUAUAUUCAUCAAUGUAUAUCGAUGUUAUCAUUAUCAGAUAAUAAACAAGAAGAUAUUAACGAUUUAUUAGGAUUAAGUUCAUUAAUAUCACAUCAUACAGAUUCGAAUGAUUUUAUCUCAUCUGAAAGUCGCUUGAUUCAUUCGAAAUUUCAACAUUUAUUUCAUUUUCUCGUUAAUGAUAUUUCGAAUGAAUCAAUGACACAAGCAUUAGGUGAUGAAAUAUCGAAUUUAGAUCAAGUUAAUGAUGCUUUAAUAAAUCUUAAUAGAAAUGCAACAUUAAAAUUUCGAAAUUAUAAACAAUUUCGUGAACAAUUACUUGCAUCUUCAAAUGAAAAACGUAAUAUAUCUAUUACAUCAGAUAAUUUAAAUAAUCGAUCGACAAACUCAAGACAAUCAACAAUGGAUUCUAAUCUACAACGUUAUUUAUCGAGGAAUGCAUUGAAAUAUCUCGUUCAUUGUUUUAUUCAUAGUUCAUUUUUUAAAUGGUUUAUUAGUAUAGUUAUUUGUUUCGAUGCUAUUAGUGUUGCUAUUACAUCAGAAUAUAAUUCACCAAAUGAUUUACAAUCUAUUAUUUAUAAUAUUGCAGUAUUUAUAAAUCGUUGUAUUGUAUUUAUUUAUUUAUUUGAAAUCAUAUUCAAAUGGAUUGCUGUGAAUAUUCUUGAAUUUACUCUUACGAUUAUUUCUUUGAUAAAUCUAAUUAGUGAAAUUUAUAUUGAUACAAAAGAUAAUACAAAUUUAGAAAUAAAUAGAAAAUUUCAUGCUAGUAAUAUUAAUAAUCAAAAAUCAACAGAUACUUUACAACGUAUUCGGUCUUAUGGAACAAUAUUAUCUUUAUUACGAACAUUACGUAUGUUACGUAUAUUACGUAUAUUAGAAAUAGCAUUUCGUUUUACACAAGUACGAAUUGUUUUUCAUGCACUUAGUCGUUCAGUGAAACUUAUUUUUCAUGUUGUUCUCUUAACUAUUGUACUUAUUUAUUUUUUUGCACUUAUUGGUCUUUAUUUAACACAAUUUGGAUUAAAUACAACAUCAAAUGAAGAUAUGAAAAAGAUAAAUUUAUUAUUUGGAACAGUACCUCGAGCAUUUAUUACAGUCUUUCGUUUAUUUACUAAAGAUGAAUGGUUUGAAAUAAAAGAAGAAAUGUAUUCAUUAAAAAUUAGUCCAUUUAUUAUUGAUCUAUAUAUUGUUGGUUGGUUAUUCUUUGGUGGUUAUGUACUAAAUCCAUUGCUGAUCGGAGCCAUGGUUGGUACAUUCGACGAAACUCGUAAAGAAUUAAGUCAAGAUAUAAAACAUAUUAUAUCGAAAACUCGUUUACCUCUUAAUGAUACAAAUCUAACUAAAAAUUCAUCAUUAACAUCGAGUUUUUCUUCGUUUCUUGCACAUAUUAAUUCUACUGAUGAUGACGAUGACGAAUUCAAUGAAUGGAUUCGUCUUACUUCAGAUGAAAUUCGUCUACUUGUUCAAGAUCGUACUGAAACCCAAUGGCCCAUCUAUACUGUAUUUUAUUAUCUUCAAUUACUUGAAAUAUAUUAUGAAAAUCUAGCUGAACGACAAUUAUUAUUUGAUUUCAUUUCCAUUUAUUUAUUAUCAUUACAUGAUAAAGAAAGAAAAUUAUCUGAUCCGCCAAUACUUUCAUCAUCUUCCGAGGAUGAGAAUUGA